AUGCCUAGUUCUACUGACAAGCAGUACGACCUUCAUUGUUUGCGAGCAUUGCGUAUAAUGCUUGUCAGUUACAUGAACUUCUUGUAUUAUCAUCACAGUCUUCUCCGCGCAAUGUUAAGCUCCCACUACUUACCAUCUAUCGAAGGCCCUACAGUAUGUAGCAGGUCUCUUUUCAAGGUUAUGUCAAGUUUGGUAGGCAUGAGAAUAAAUGACCCCUCGCGUCCGAGCCUUCCUGACACAUUGAUGAGCGCGUUCAAGAUAAGUAGUAGAGUUCCCUUUCCGCUGCUUGUUUAAUAUUCUCUUUCGCUAGCCUCGUGGUGAGAAGUGAAAACUACUGAAGACACUGGAGCAAGCCUUGCAUUCAACAACUGGUCGCUAAUUCAAAGAACUCAAGGUCUCUUGAAACUGCCUUCCGUUCUGUUAUUCAUACCCAUGGUCUCUACGAAAGCAGCCGCCACGUCCAUGAUUGAGAAGAUUGGAUUGAUUAUUACGCACAGUAUAGUAGCGCAACUCUUUGUUGACACCUUGAGCUCCAUCGUCUCCUAGCAUUGCAUAUGAUACUUAGAUAUUAGG